AUGGAACGCGUUGUCGACACUGUUGUACAUUUGGGAAAGCAGGGACUUGCUUUCAGAGGGCAUCGAGAGUCGCUAAUUGAUGACCCAGAAGCAAAUAAAGGAAAUUUUCUAGAGUCGCUGAAUUACCUGUCAACCUACGAUAUAACAACUGCGAAUCAUCUUGAAAAGGUUAGAAAUCAACAAGCUAUGUCGAGAAGAAAGGGCGGGGAAAAAGGUGCCAAAGGACGGGGUUCGAAACUAACUUUCCUCAGCAACGAUACGCAGAAUAAUGUGAUCAACAUUAUUGGAAGAGAAAUCGCCUCGCAAAUUGUCAAAGAAAUCGGUAAUUGCAGAGCAUGGGCAUUAAUAGCCGACACCACACCGGAUGUCAGUCACCACGAGCAGCUUAGUAUUUGCGCAAGGAUCGUUAAUCGUAAUGGCAAAUGCUCCGAGCACCUUUUGUCUUGCAAAAGAGCUUCCGGUACAAAAGCAAUGGAAUUAUACAAUCUAAUCUCAAAAACACUUGUCUCGAAAGGUGUGUCGUUUGGUAAACUCGUAGCAAAAACAUACGACGAUGAGCGGAUGCUACAACGGCUUGCAAGCGAUCAUCAAAGAGAAAGUUGGAAAACAUGUUGCUUUUGUCCACUGUUAUGCACAUACGCUUAA